UAAGCUCCCAUUGUCGGCCGGUUCAAGCCAAAAUCCGAACCACAUUUCAGCCAAUUGAGCAACUAUUGUUUCAUUAUCGUUCUACUAUCGUUCUACUAUCGUUCUACUAAAUGACCAAAAAAGCUGGUCACUACAGAUUCUGACCUGCGGGAUUCGCUUCUCCACCCGAUCAUUGGGGGGAUAUUCUGAUGAUGUCAUAUCGUGGGGAGCUUUUGCUCCGACCACGUCUACGGAUUAAAGUUCUCCGCGUUCCGUAAAGUUGUGAAAAUUGUCAAAGCUUCAUCUUCAGCUGGAGCUUUCAAACUUUUGGACCGACAGUUGGAUCAAAUUGUCCAUUGACUUCAAUUGUCUUUCCCUGCACAAUUACAGGCUCUCUCCCCAAAUCUUGAUAGAUCGGUGAGUUGGAUUUGAGUCAAUCAAUUUUUACACUCUCUAUCUACCAUGUCUUCCAUAAUGGAGCAUAUCGACCAAACCACUAUCCUCUCUCUCCUCGGCGUCGUCGCAAUUCUUCUAUCCUCCUACAUCCUCUCUAUCCGAGUUCUCGCGCCCACUACCCCCUCCUCCCUUCGUAUCCUCUUCAUUUGGCACUUCUUCGAUUUCCUCAUCCACACCAUCUUCGAGGGUUCCUUCCUGUACAACUGUUUUUUCUCUCGCGCCCCCUUCGAUUCAUCAAUUGCUCAUCCAGUUGCUCUAUCUAAUUUCUUGGGUACAAGCGAAUAUGUAUAUGGAGCACAAUAUGCGGAUAAUUGGGCGAGUAAAUUGUGGAUGGUUUAUGCGCAAGCGGAUCGAAGAUGGGCGGGUGCAGAUUUGACAGUGGUUAGUUUGGAGUUGUUGACUGUGCUUGGGGCUGGACCCUUGGCACUUUGGAUUUGUUGGGGGAUUGUGAGGAAGGAUUGGAGAGUUAAUUUUUGGAUGGUGGUGCUUGCUACGGGGGAAUUGUAUGGUGGUUUCAUGACAUUUGCACCAGAAUGGUUAAUCGGCUGUAAGAAUUUGGAUACGAGUAACUUUAUGUUCAAAUGGGUUUACUUGGUAUUCUUCAAUACGUUGUGGGUUUUCUUACCUCUAUAUGCAAUGUAUGUGGCAUUCUAUGAUAUUGGUAAUGCGAUGCAGUUGAGGAAUAGCGUUAUCAACGCAAAGGUAGAGAUGAUGAAGCGAGAGAAGAAGAAUUGAGGUCGAAAGGGGGUGUCUAGCAUGAGAGGAGGAGAUAGCAUGAAGUCAGGUGGAUGGGAGACAUCUUGGGCUCGUUAGGAUACCUGGAUUUGGGAGCCAUUUAAGCCAUAUAAUACAUUCUAAGACCAUAUAUUGUAUCUAGAAGAAUAAUAUAACAUUUAUUUCAA